GCUGCUGCUCAGCAGAUGCCUUUGAUCAGGUGUGAAGGGCUGUGCUGCUGCAGUGAGCUCAGCUCCCAGUGCAGCCUGCAGCCCUGCUGGCCAGGUCGGGCUGACCUGUUCCUUUCCAGUUCACAGACUGGGGACUGCAGCAUCCGCAGUGUCAUGCAGAAAUACCUCGAGGAAAGGGGUGAAUUAACCUUCGACAAGAUCUUCCAUCAGAAAAUUGGAUUUUUGCUCUUCAAAGACUAUUGCAUGAAUGAAAUCGAUGAAGCCGUCCCUCAGCUGAAGUUCUACGAAGAGAUCAAAGAGUACGAGAAGCUGGACUCCGAGGAGGAGCGCCUGAGCAGGAGCCGCCAGAUCUACGACACGUACAUCAUGAAGGAGCUGCUCUCCUGCUCCCAUCCUUUCUCCAAACAAGCUGUAGAUCACGUGCAAACGCAUCUAUCCAAGAAGCAAGUGCCAGCCAGCCUCUUCCAGCCAUAUAUAGAAGAAAUCUGUGAUAGCCUCCGAGGAAAAAUAUUCCAAAAAUUUAUGGAAAGUGACAAGUUUACUAGAUUCUGUCAAUGGAAAAAUGUAGAGCUAAAUAUUCAUCUGACCAUGAAUGAUUUUAGUGUACAUAGAAUAAUUGGAAGAGGGGGAUUUGGUGAAGUGUACGGUUGCAGAAAAGCAGACACUGGAAAAAUGUAUGCAAUGAAAUGUUUAGAUAAGAAGAGAAUCAAGAUGAAGCAAGGAGAAACAUUAGCCUUAAAUGAAAGAAUUAUGCUGUCUCUUGUCAGUACGGGAGACUGCCCUUUCAUAGUGUGUAUGACCUAUGCCUUCCACACCCCUGACAAACUUUGUUUCAUUCUGGACCUGAUGAAUGGAGGAGAUUUGCACUACCACCUCUCCCAGCACGGAGUGUUUUCUGAAAAAGAAAUGAGGUUUUAUGCUACUGAAAUCAUCCUGGGCUUAGAACACAUGCACAAUCGCUUCGUGGUGUACCGAGACCUAAAGCCUGCAAAUAUCUUGCUGGAUGAACAUGGGCACGUGAGGAUAUCAGAUCUGGGGCUGGCUUGUGAUUUCUCCAAAAAGAAGCCGCAUGCUAGCGUAGGCACCCACGGAUACAUGGCCCCAGAGGUGCUGCAGAAGGGAACGGCGUAUGACAGCAGUGCAGACUGGUUCUCAUUGGGCUGCAUGCUUUUCAAGCUUCUGAGAGGUCACAGUCCUUUCAGACAGCACAAAACCAAAGAUAAGCACGAGAUCGACCGGAUGACGCUCACCGUGAAUGUGGAGUUACCAGAUUCGUUUUCUCCUGAACUCAAAUCCCUUUUGGAAGGGCUCCUGCAGCGCGACGUUAGCAAGCGGCUUGGAUGCCAAGGGAGAAGUGCACAAGAAGUGAAAGAACAUCCUUUCUUCAAGGGGAUUGAUUGGCAGCAAGUGUAUUUACAAAAGUAUCCUCCCCCACUGAUUCCUCCCCGAGGAGAAGUAAAUGCAGCAGAUGCUUUUGAUAUUGGGUCGUUUGAUGAAGAGGACACUAAAGGCAUUAAGUUGCUCGAUAGUGACCAGGAGUUAUAUAAGAACUUCCCUCUGGUAAUAUCGGAGCGUUGGCAGCAAGAAGUAGCAGAAACUGUUUAUGAUGCAGUAAAUGCAGACACCGAUAAAAUCGAGGCCAGAAAAAGGGCUAAAAAUAAGCAGCUUGGCCACGAGGAAGAUUAUGCACUUGGGAAGGAUUGCAUUAUGCACGGGUACAUGCUGAAGCUGGGGAACCCGUUCUUGACUCAGUGGCAACGGCGUUACUUUUACCUCUUCCCAAACCGACUGGAGUGGCGAGGAGAAGGAGAAUCACGGCAAAACCUAUUGACAAUGGAACAGAUAGUAUCUGUCGAAGAAACGCAAAUUAAAGAUAAGAAAUGCAUCCUGCUGAGAAUUAAAGGAGGAAAGCAGUUUGUCCUGCAGUGCGAGAGCGACCCAGAAUUUGUUCAGUGGAAAAAAGAGCUGACGGAAGCUUUCACUGAGGCACAGAGGUUGCUGCGCCGGGCGCCCAAGUUUCUCAAUAAAUCUCGCUCGACAGUCGUAGAGCUCUCAAAGCCGCCGCUCAGCCACAGGAAUAGCAAUGGUCUGUAGGAGGAAGGGAGAACAAACCUCGCUUAGGGAAAGCUACAGCGUGAACAUGUUGAGUUUCACAGAAUCCUUAUGAAUUACUUUGUGCAGCCCUGGAAGUGGGACGUGCUUAGAAGAAGGAAGAAUUAGAUGUUUACAGCAUGGGAUAAUGUCAGAACACUGACUCUGGAGGUGGUGAAGUCUGGAACAAUGGCAAGUGAAUUCAUGCUCCUAGCAGCGGUGGAAACUCUCACACGUAGAGGCUGCAUUUUGCUCCCGUGCAUCCCCGCACCCCGGCGGUGCCCGGAAUGGUCCGUUACGCUGCAACUACUGAUGGAAGGAAGCUGUUGUCCCUGCAAUACCCUUGUUUGGUGCAUACCAAGCUUGGAAACUGCAAUGGUUUCUGCUAGCUAGGGUUACACGUUGUGUGUAAUACCGACAAAUCCCUCGACUUUGGAAGGAGCUGCAGACUUGCCCUGUUGGAUCACCUUUAACCUGUCGUGUUGCCAUGUCCUUCCCAGCCGUUACUGCUGACUCUAUAAUAACCUUUCUCCAUACUGCUGAUGAUCAACAGUGUGACUCUUAUGCACUUCAAAGUACUGAAUUCUAACUGUCCUGUGGUUUAAAUGUUAUUGCUACUUCAUGGAAACGUUGAACUCCGAUUAUUCACUUGGUUUGUUGUACUCACUAAUAGUAGCUACCACCAUUUUGCUUCUUCUACGUAUAUGCAGUACUAUAACUGACACAAUAGAGUAAUAAUUGGUGAAGAGGAAUUUAUGGUAGCUUCAUCUAGUGCUCUGUUGUAUAAAUUGACUGUUUUAGCACAGUUUUUAACGAGCAGAUUCCUUUUGACAAGUUUACAGUGAACAUAAAGACAGUUCUUUUCCAUUUCAGGUCAACUGCACUUUUUAAGAAUUAAAAAGAAAAUUACUCAAAUCCAAUGCAUUCUAGUGCAUGUGCUGGGUGAAAAGGCCUGGGGACCUCGGUACGUAAUCCGGAUCGCUCUUCAGUUGCGGGACGUGUGGAUGCUUCUCUGUUGUACGCAGCACGUAGCAGUUGUGCCCAUAGCACAGCCAGCCCAGGCUGAGCUCAGGAGGUCGGUGCGUGCGUCGCACGGCUCGGAUGGCAGCAGGGCUUUUCGUUUUUCCAUCCCGGAGAAAACAAAGCGUCCACGCUGCAAAUCAGCCUGGGAGGGCUGAGGAAGGGGCGUAGCAAACGAGCUGAUCCCAGUGGCAGAUCCGUGUGAGUCCUGCUUGAGGCGUCAGUCGUGUCACGUGGAAAGCUCUGAACUUCGCAAAAUGAAGAUAGAAUCUGUCACUGUUAGGCAGCUCGAAGCGUGCGGUGUCAGCCUUUCCCUGGUCGCGGUGGUGUUUUUUUUUACAAGAGUUCUGUCGGGGCUGAAUUGGAGCUUUUUUCUCUUCCUGUAAGCGCCAUAGAAAGCUCUUUCUGCCCCGGGACGGAGGCACAGCUCUCACGGUCCCUGCAGGUGGUGGGAGCUGCCUCUGUAAGGGGAGCUCUUGUGCCCUUACAUGGGAGGGAGCCCCUCACUGCUCCCGUGCUCCCAUGGAAGGAACGAUGCCUUCGGGAAGGGAUCCCUGGGAGCCAGGCGAUAUCUUGGCGCGUGUUUUUCCCAUUUAUAUUUUGAGUUGCUCUGUAAAAGGAGAACAGAGUUCUCUGACCUUGCUGGUAAGCGAUGCUGAGCAUCUCAGCAUCCUCGGGAAGGAGCCGUGGUGGGAUUUACCAAGGGUUGGGAUGGAGAAUCUCAUCACGCUGGCAUUGACUGCGCGCUGGGUGCGUGACGUUCUUCCACCAGUGCCAUGCACGUUUCGUGUGGGUUUGGAAAGAAAGAAAAGAACAUUCCAAUUCUGGUAAACUCAUCUCUCGGCUCUCCCGUAACUCGUUCCCGUUGCCUUAGCUCGUCGUGGGUCCCGUUCAGCUCUUUGCUUUGGUGGCUUCCCACAGCCGCGUGCCGCGCUGGGACCGGAGAGCAGAGCUCUGGCAGGAGGGCAGCGCCGCCCCAGCACCAGGUUGGCACCCACUGACAGCACAGCACCGCCCGGGCCAUGGGUGGGAGCGCUUCGGGAUGAGGUCUGUGGGUGUUUGCACAGAACAUUGCGUUGGGCAGCGAGGACACGAGGCUGCUUUGUAUGCACGGUGACCGUGUCAGCAUGGCUCGUUUUGUUUUUUGUUUUUUUUUGUUCAAGUUCAGGGAGGUAAAGAUAAAAGAAACGAGAGUUUCGGGCAUCAGCAGAGCGAGGUGAAUGAUUAAGCACAGGUUUUUACACCAUCGGUCUGCAAGUCCCUUUAAAAACCGAUCCAGACCGAGGGCUGAGGCACGCAGGGGAACGGUUGCUUACAUUUCAACACAGAGAGUGAGAUGGGAGAUAAACCACGGCGGGCGCCCGCUGACGUCCCCGCAUGCCUCCAGCACUGCAGGGUUUAUCUUUAUCGUCCUCUGGCUCUGGUGGCGUGAGCGGGGAGCGUGAAGGCAGCGGGUUGUGACGCGGCUGCAGGAUUUGGAUGCGUGGUUUGCGCAGGGUUUGGACUCAGGGGCUUUGCUGGCAGACCGCUGGCGUGUCCCAGCACUGCUGGCGUAACUUGGGCGGUUCAGCUUCAAGUGGAGUCAUUAUUUUGCAUAGGCAUGGGACUGCUGAACGAGCUUCCCCAUGCAGCCAAGUGUGGAUGGAGGAGGGACUGCUCUGCAGUGCACAGUGGGAAGUACGUGGCGGUCGUCGUGUCCAUUCAUGCAAGGAAGGAGAUUCCCGUCCUACAGAUGGGAAAUCUGACGAACGUAUUUUGAAAAAGCAUAGUGUUAAUUUUAAUAUUGUAAAAAAAAAAAAAAAAGUAAAUAAAUAAGGAAAAUAUCUAAAAUAUACAGAGAACAUAUGUAUAUCCAAAUGUCCGAAGAAUUUCGAGAUGAUCUACUUUUGUUUCCUGUUGAUUUCUAUCCGUGGUGUACAUACUGUGUGGAUCGAAUCCUGUUGUUAAAUUGUAUUUUUAUUUUGUGUUAAACGAAUCACCACAGAACUCAGCUUUAUUUUGUUUAUGUAAAGGUCGCUACGCUCUGUAGGUAUAAAACCAAGAAUUCUAUUUUAACAAAAAAAAAAAGGGGAAAAAAAAAAAAGAAGAAAGCAUUUUAUAUUAUUUAUUAAAGACGCGUUCCUCCAACUUCUGACAUUCCGCAGAACUUCUGCUCCGUGUGUGUGGCUGGCUGCAGAGCAGCAGGCCCUUUCAGGCAGGAGCUGUCAGCUUUAUUCUGUUUUUCACAUCCCAGCCCUGCCACUUUCAGUGCCACCGCUCCCACUGCCAUUACCAGCACCAUCUCUGAGCGCAACGACUGCAGCACGCCUCGGAAAUCCUUUCCCACCAGCCCUCGCUCUGACUGCUGGCUGUCAUUUCCCCUUUGUCCCGCAGCGUUCUGUUUGUCUCUGCUGGGUCAAACCAGAACGAACGACCCUAAACUGGGGCAAGGGAGGAGGGAUGGUUAAAAGGCUUUUUGAUGGCAAGGGUCAUGAGGGAGCCCGGAGAGACUGUAGGGCGCUGGGGAAGGGGAGGUGAGCAUCAGCUCGGGGCUGUUUGUGCGGUGCUGGUUCGGUGUUGUUCGGAUCCUCGCCGUGUCCGAGCGCUGCUGCUCGCCGGGCCGGGCAGGGGCUGUGCUGGGGACCAGGCUGAGCGCUGCGCUUCUGUCGGCAGCAGAACCCUCCCGGCCCGGCGAGGUACGGAAAUAGCAUCAGCUAGCUCACCAACCAGAAAUAAUCCCGGUUCCCAUCGUGGGCCCUGCAGCGAGAGGAAGACGUUUGUGCGUUAACGGCGCGCGCUUUAGGUUUCCACCCUGUCGCUGUGCACCUGUUUGGGGUUAAAAAUGCCAUCCUGGGGGGUGAUGCGUUGCUUGGGUGGGCAGGGUGCUCUGCCCCGUUGGGCCCUGAGCUCUCAUUGCCUGCUGGCACCGGGAGCUGUGCUGGUGCAGCUGAUCAGAGCCCGGCGUGGGGAGCUGAGCACGUGCCGGAGCCGGGUGCCGUGGGGCUGGGCUGUGCCGUGCUGGCAGAGCCGGCGGCGUGGGCUGCAGCUGUCUGCUCCCGGCUGUUGUAAGGGGAGGGAGCGAGGGAGAGGGCAAAUGAGUCUGAAAAACAGAAUAAAGUGAGAGCGUCCUCUGAGAGGCGUUUCCAUCAGCACUGUUCCAGUGCCUAAAUUCAGUCCUUCCAACAAAGGAGCAGGUUCACGCCGAUAGCUACUAGAGAAAUCCAUUGAAGAGAACCCGUUUUCAAUGUGUAAUUUAAUGGUGAGAAAAGCCAGUAUCUGUAAAUAACUUUAGAUAUUGUUAACUAUGAGGAUCAUGGUUUGUUUUAUGUACUUGGCUCUUUCAUAUUUAUUGUGCAGAGGAGGAGGUUCCCCCGGGCCGUGUGUGCGCCGCACGCGGUUCAUCCCGCCAUUAUUUUUAUUAAAGGAUCAUUUUGGGACAGCUAAGCUGCUUCUGUGUGUUGGUCAACUGCUCUCCUACAACGAGAACCCCAAUAAAAAACAAAACGUCAUCGGA